AUGAACUCUAACGCGAGCCCGAGCCAGUCCCCCGGUCCCGAAUCGUCGCGUCGCCGAUCCGGACGCGUCGUCAAAGCCCCUCAGAACUUUCUCGCCGACGCUGCCGCCGCGCAAUACUCCGCCGCCAAACGCAAGAGGGGAAUUGAUCAGGAAGGUGAUGAUGUCGAAAACGAAGCUCCCGUCGCCUCUGACGAGGAAAUGUCGGACGACCAGGAUGACGACGCGAGUGAUGAUGUUGAUACCGAGAACGAUGAUGACCAUUCUCCCCCUUCUCGUCGGAAGACAGCGAAGAACAAGAAAGCUUCUAAGCCGAGCCGUCCGAGGAAACCUGCAAAUAAAAGAGUAAAGACAAACGGCGCGUCAACUACCAUCGCGGGACACCCUUCCAGCCUUCCCAGCCGACCCAAGAAGACUGUAAGGAUUGAGCGCUUGCCCGAGGAUGGAACAGGUCUCUUCGCCGAGAUAUUCGGAUCUGGCGAUUCGUCCGAUUCUGUCGCCGAGCAGUGGCUCACGAGGUACCGCGCCGACGAAUGUGCUGCGGUAACCGAGCUGGUGAACUGUGUUCUCCAAUGCAGCGGAUGCGAUCUUUCCGUGACCGAAGAUGAUAUUCGAGACCCUGACAAUUGUCAGAAUCGCAUAGCCGACAUCCAGAGUGUCUGGCAAGAUCAACAAAUUACCGACUACCCCUUGAUUUCCAAAGCCAAGAGCACGAAAUCCUUCCGCGACCUGCUCAACGGCUUCUUCACCUCUCUUGUUAACCUCCUACACACCACCGACGUACUGUACAACGACGAAUCCUUGAUGGACAACAUCCAUAGAUGGGUAGCCACAAUGUCGUCCUCUACUCUCCGCCCCUUCAGACACACUGCCACUACUAUUGCCCUCGCCCUUCAAGCCGGCCUCGUCGAAGUCGCCGCGAUCCUUGACCACAGAAUUACUAGCGUAGAGCAGCAGCUCCAAGCGAGCAAGCGAGGAAAGAACAAGGCCAAGACUCAGGCAAUGCAGCAAGCCCUCGACGAAGCUAACAACUAUCGCGAGAUCUGCGGAAACUAUAUUAGAGACUUCUUCGAUACAGUCUUUGUGCACCGAUAUCGCGACAUCGAUCCGAAAAUUCGCACCGAAUGCGUCGAGGCCCUCGGCUACUGGAUCUGGGAGCUCCCAACCGUCUUCAUGGAGCCUGAAUAUCUGCGAUACCUCGGCUGGAUGCUGACUGAUGCCAUGCAUUCCACCCGCCACGAGGUCUUGAAGCAGUUGACUAGGAUGUUCAAACGCGACGCUUCGCAGCUGGGCCAUUUCAUCGACCGGUUCCGGCCCCGCCUCGUCGAAAUUGCCACCAAGGACGCCGACGUGUCCGUGAGAGUUUCCGCCAUCUCCGUAAUCGAAACGUUAAGAGAGAACGGUAUGCUCGAACCGGAUGAGAUCGACAGCGUUGGAAAGCUCAUAUUCGACAGCGACCUCCGAGUGCGCAAGGCCGUUGUGGGCUUCUUCACUGCCUGCGUGCAGGAUCUUGUUGAUGCCAAAGUCGAAGAGGUGGGCGGCAGCGAUGCCGUGGAAGAGGCGUUUGGCUCUGUCGAAGUCGACGAUUAUGAGACGCCGCGCCAGGAAUGGAUCCAUAUCAAGUGUCUCGCCGAGAAUCUGGCCGCGUACGACGCGCAGAUCGAGGCGUCAGGCCAGCAGGAUCCACCAGCCCCUCUAGACAUCUCCGCCACCUUAUUACAAGCCGCAGUGCCCGAUACCAGGAUUUCACUUGCCGCCCAAGUCCUCUAUGAGAAGAUGGCCGAGGUGAAGGACUGGGAGGCCGUUGCCGGCUACCUACUAUAUGAUCACACAACCAGCGCCAAGUCUAGAUCUAAGAGAGGCAAGGCUAGCGUUGAGGAGGCGGUUAAAGCUGCCGUUGCGCCCACCGAAGAAGAAGAGGCUAUUCUCCUCGAAAUCAUGGCAGCCGCUGCGAAGCUCAGCUUACACCCCACCGGCCACCACGACCAUACCAAGAAGCGCACGAAAGCGGAUCUUGCCGAGGAUGCCGAAGAUACCGCUGUUCAGCUGGCGACCACGAUACCGCGCCUCUUGAACAAGUUUGGCGCUGAUCCGGACACGGCGACCUUGGUACUGAGGCUGGAGCAUGUUCUCGAUCUCGACUUGUUCCCCUCCCUGCGGCAAGAUUCCAACAAAUACGAGAAGCUCUUGGACGAGAUUAGCACUCAGUUCAACAGGCAUCACGACAGGCGAGUCCUCGCAGAAGCGACCAAGGCGCUCCUACAUGCUCGCCAGUACGACGAGCUGGAGGAGUUGACGGACGGUCGCUUGGCCGCCCUUUGGGAGAACGUCGUCGAGGCCCUUCGCAACUUUGACAAGUACUGCGAACUCUCUAGCCGGGGCAAUCUCGACGUCGAUAGGUUAACGGAACUGGGGACCGUCCUGGCCAAGAUUUCGAAGCUUGCCAGCAUCUCGGACUGCAUCGAUGUGCUCGAGACCGAAGGGCGAUCCGCAGACUCGUCUGCCUCGGUCAUCAAUUUGCUGGUGGAGAUUGUGCACAGGGGCAAGUUCGAUCAAUCGGACCCGGACUUUGACGAAGCCGAGGACCAAGUCGUCGGGUUUGCGAUAGAAGGCUGCCAGUUUUAUUUCAUGUGGAAGAUUCGAUCCAUCCUGAGGCUCAUCGGCAGUGGAAGCCAAGUGCCCACGAAAGACAUGGAGGCCCUCUCCUACCUCAAGGAAAAGUACCGACGAAACCUCAUCGUAUCCUUCACGACGCGCACGGCGGUCGACGAGCUCUGCCGCAGCGCCACGGGCAGCUUCUGCGACUUCCACGUCCUGCUCAGCCAGCUGCGCCCCGUAGUCGAGAACACCACGACCGAAGCGUGGAAGGCCCAGAACCUCGACCGCGUGGCCGGCCUCGUGUCUGACAUUGAACCGAGCCUAGUCAAGGAGCUCACGGCCAUCUUCGAGAGCGUCGAGAAGCACUACGCCAAGCUGACGAAGCGGGUGCUCAACGAGCCGGCGGAGGACGAGGACCCCAUCGACUUUGAGGACGAGGAUGAAGAUGACGAAGACGAUCGGCUCUCGCCCGCCGAGAGGCUGUCGGCGCAGCUUCAGGCUGAGAAGCACCUCUGUGAGCUGACGGGGAAGCUCGUGCUCGCCAUCUCGGCAAAGGUGCUUGAUCACACGCCCGGUCAGCGGCUCAAGAGGCGUCUUGAGAGGAAUGCUACGCGUCUGGGCAACAACUACAAGGAGAUCGUGGCGUACCUGGACGAGGCUAAGGUCGCUGCCCUGCUGUCCGGCAAGAAGAAGGGAGGAGACAGGCAGAAGAAGGCGGCGCCGGCGACGAACGCCACGAAUGCGGCGGCCCCUCGCGGAAAACCCUCUCCGAAGAGUGCCGAGAUGGUCGUUGACGAUGACGAUGACGACGAGGAGGAGAAUGAGGAGGAUAUCCUCGCCGCACCCGAAGAUGAUGAGGAAGAGGAGGCCGAGCAAGAAGAGAGUGAGCCCGAGGCCCCUCCUCAGGAUGAUGCUGAUGACGAGUCGAUCCUGGGUGAUUAG